AUGUCAACUGAGUUGAAAAAUCCUUCUCUAUUGGCAAAAAAUGGAUUAGAUGAUUCCACUUAUUAUGAAGAAAUUACGCAGACGCAGAUUUUUGACAGUGCAACCCCUGAAAUUCAGCUUGCUUGAGAAGAUAUUCGUUAUCAAGUGACUAUAAAAAAGAAGUCCCAAGAAAUUUUAAAAGGAGUUUCAGGAUCAGCCAAUCCUGGAGAAUUCUUAGCCAUUAUGGGCUUAUCAGGCGCAGGUAAAACAAGUCUUCUAAAUAUCGUUGCAGGAAGAAUAAAAUCGUGCUCUUCCACCAAAGUUUCAGGAACAGUAAAAGCCAAUGGAAUCGAUAUAAACCAACUCAAUUUUCAAAAAUAUUGUGCUUAUGUGACCCAAGAAGAUAUUUUGCUUCCUUUUUUAACUGUCCGUGAAGCUCUGACCUUUUCUGCUGGAUUACGAUGUGCUGGAUCGUCAAAAGAGAUUAAAGAUAAAGUUGAUGGAAUACUCCAUGAGCUCAGACUAACUGGAAUUGCAGACAACAUGAUAGGAGACGCAAUGUUUAAAGGAAUUUCAGGAGGCGAAAAAAAAAGAACCAGCAUAGGAGUUGAGUUGAUUUCUGAGCCUCAAAUCAUCAUUUUAGAUGAACCUACCUCAGGACUAGACAGCUUCACAGCAGAUAUAUUAGUUGACCUAUUAAUUCAGCAGGCUAAAAAAGGAAGAACCGUUAUCGCCACAAUUCAUCAGCCAAGCACUUCAAUUUUUAAAAAAUUCAAUAAGCUUAUUCUGCUAAGUGAAGGGCUCACAAUGUACCAAGGAUCCGCUGCCAAAUCAAGAAAAUAUUUCUCGCAGCUUGGAUACAAAACCCCACGAUUGGUAAAUCCUGCUGAAUAUUAUAUAAAACUCCUCCACAUUACAAAUCGUUACGAAUUAACAAAAGAGGAAUCAGAAAUUUUAGAAAACUUAAAAAUGGCUUAUGAGGGCCACGCAGACAAAAAAGAUAAAAUUAGGGACCUUGGAACGGCUCAGCUAAAUUUAUAUAUGGCAUCAGAUGUAGGCAGCAUUAAAAAGAUUUUAAUCCUGACAAAGAGAAGCUUCAUAAAUAAUGUGAGGAAUCCAGGCCCGUCUCAGAUUACUAUAGGGUUUUACAUAGUUACAAGUAUAUUACUAGAUUUAUUAUUCCAUGAUUUAGGAAACGAUUAUGAAGCUAUUCAUACGAUAAAUGGGGUAAUGUAUUUCCUAGCCAUAAUGUGCAUUCAAAUCGGAAACACAGGUAGUGCAAUGACAUUCCCAGUAGAAAGAACUACGUUUUUUAAAGAAUAUGGGCAAGGGCUAUACGGAGCUCUUACUUAUUACAUAACAAAGAUGAUUGCUGAGCUUCCACUUCAAGUUGUAGCUGCUCUUGUAGCCUCACCUUUGCUUUAUUUCCCUCUUGGUCUUGAUUUAACUGCAGAAAAAUUUUUAACUUUUGUUUUUAUUAUUUUUCUUAGUCAAUGAAUGGGACACGGAUUAGGGUAUAUAGUUGGAGCCUUAUGCUCUAGCAUUUUAAUAGCUAAUGCAGCUGUCCCAAUGGUAUCAUCUCCAUUAAUUGCUUAUGAAGGACUGAUGGAUAACACUGAAGCUUUCAAGUGGGUCCAAUAUUUUUCCCCUUUCAGAUGAAGCUUCCAAGCAUUGUGUGUAAACCAAUAUACCGAUAUGGACUGGGAUUGCGAUCCUCGCGGGCCAAAAUGUGACCCUUUGAAUGAUUUAGGCUUUAGUGACUCAAUUGGAAUGAGCUUAUUAUGAUGCAUCCUUUUUUCAGUUGGAGCUAGGUCAAUCGCGUUUAUUGAGCUGAAAGUCCUUGGACUCAAAUUCAAAAAUCUAUAG